AUGCAGAACGGCAAGAGGGCAGUGCUGGACCUCGGCACAGGCUCCGUCAAGGCUGGAUGGGCAGGGGAGUGUAAGGCCCGUUAUGUGCUCCCCACAUGCUGCGGGGCUGUAUGCCGCCGCCCACAGCUGUAUUUGAGUGAGGAGUGUUACAGCCUACAGGAAUACAUCUGCUCCAGGCCGAGCCAAGGGGGUCUUUGGUCUAACUUGGAGAUGCUUCGCGACAUAAUAGACCUGACAUUCAGUAAAAAGUACCUAGGAACUGACCCCAAGGAACUCAGCGGCGUCGCGCUUACAGAGCCCCUACUGACUCCAGCCCCCUUGCGGCACCAUGUCAGCGAAAUACUCUUUGAAGACUUGGGGGUUGAGCGUAUGGCGAUUGUGGCAGCACAGGCCGUAGUGCCUUACGCGUUCUGGGGCAUGGGCUGGGGAGCGCACGACAUCUGCACCCCUCCCAAAGCUAAACGAAUGGGGGUCACUUGCUACAGCGGGACCGAUGGUGUCCCCCAAGGAACUGUCGAGGCCCCAGGAAGUGGUGGUGGUUCCGGAUGCUCUUACAAGGGCAAGGGCGGGACCUCAGCUGCAUGGGUAUCUUCAACAGACCCGUGCUUCUCUCCACAGCUAGCAGCCACAUCACCAACAGCAGAUCUCAGUUUAGUGGGGCAGGUGAGCGCUGGAAGGAACCCUUUUGGCUUGACUGUGGAUGUGGGUUUUAGCGCAUCCCAUGCAGUUCCUUUUGUGAACUACUCGGCUCUAGAGGCAUCAGCUCUGCGGUCUGAUAUCGGGGGGGCCCACGCCAACGCGUACCUCAAGAACCUGCUGCUCGCGCGUGGCAUGGCUAUUGACAAAAACGAGUUAUUCGUCCAAAAGCUGAAGGAAGAGACCUGCUUCGUCACUGGGGAUCUCAUGCGAGUGUUUCGUCUCCUCCGUAAUUUGCCAGGGGGCAGGCGAGCGGCUUACCUUGGGGGGCCCCUCUUUCUGGAAAGAGAAACCCCGGAUUAUUCCCUCACGAAGUCGCAGCUCGUUUCCUACUUCCACACCCACUCUCCUGCCCCCAUCCCAGACCUUUCUUCCUUGGAAAAGCCUAGCAAUGCAAAAGUCAACAGUAGUUGCAGCAACCCCUCCGGAAGGGAGACACACGUUGAGUCGCCCACUGCGUUGGAUAGCAAUAAAGAACCCCAGGGGACCCAAGCGGAUGCUUGUUGGGUUCCGCCUAGGAGUCCUUCAAGGCCCAAAGUAAAGCUGUCGACUGAAAGACUGAUCACAUAUCCAAGGGCAGUUAUAGAUACAAAGGAAGAAGUAGCUUCUAAAUGUGCGAGCAUUACCACCAGAUCUGUGUCCACGUUCUCUCGUCGGGGCCAUGUUCGAUACUUGUUUGGUGGAGCAUUGGGCGUCCGCGCACUGCAGCGGUUCCCUUCACGGCACGCAACAGGCUUGGUGUUUUCUAGCUGCCGGUAA